GAUUGCUGCUCAUGUGGUAACAUGCUGUUCUUCCAGGCUUUUGGUUGUCCAACUCAGGUGAUGCCACACUCAGGGGCACACAUUUGUUCCUGUGGUGAUUUAUAGCUACCAAUAAUCUUCCACAGUGGUCGCCUUAUCUACUCUUCUGGUAUCUCCUGCUCUUGCUAGUAAACAGAAGGGAACUAUUACACUCAAAGCCAAGUACUCUUAAUCUCAAGAGAGAGACUUUGUCCAGUAUGUUCUGUACAAAACUGAAAGACUUGAAGAUCACAGGGGAAUGUCCUUUCUCCUUACUGACUCAAAGUCACAUUACCGAGGAACAUGAGAAGGACGGCACAGAAAACAGCUCUAGAGCAGCUUUGCCCAUCUGCAAAGAAGUCCAUGAAAAAGAUGCUCAAGGAAACCUUCCACAAAGGAAAACCAGCAGAAGCAGAGUGUACCUGCACACAUUAACUGAAAGCAUCUGCAAACUAAUCUUUCCUGAGUUUGAAAGGCUAAACCUUGCACUUCAGAGAGCACUUGCAAAACACAGGAUAAAAGAAAUCAGAAAAACUGGGGAUAGAGAAGAUUUUGAAAAAAUAAUCAGUGAUCAUGCUAAUGCAGCAGGUGUUCCCGUGGAGUCUCUACAGGAAUCUCUUGGUGAAGAGCUAUUCAAAAUAUGCUAUGAAGAGGAUGAACACAUAUUAGGGGUUAUUGGAGGAACCCUUAAGGACUUCUUGAACAGUUUCACUACUCUGCUGAAGCAGAGUGGCCACAGCCACGAAGCAGGAAAAAAGGACAGACUUGAAGAUGCCUCCAUAUUAUGCCUGGAGAAAGAUCAGGACUUCUUAAAUGUGUAUUAUUUCUUUCCUAAGAAAAUCACAAGUCUUAUUCUAUCUGGUAUUAUUAAAGCAGCAGCUCAUAUUUUGUAUGAAACUGAGGUGGAAGUGAUGCUCAUGCCUCCUUGUUUCCAUAAUGACUGCACUGAGUUUGCUAAUCAGCCUUAUUUGCUGUACUCUAUAAAAGUCAAAAGUGCAAAACCUUCCUUAUCUCCAUGUAAACCACAGUCUUCUCUUGUGAUUCCUGCCUCUGUAUUCUGUAAGACUUUCCCAUUUCAUUUUAUGUUUGACAAGGACAUGUCGGUUCUUCAAAUUGGAAAUGGGAUAAGAAGACUUUUGACCAGGAGAGAAUUUCAAGCUAAGCCAAAUUUUGAAGAGUAUUUUGAAAUUCUUACCCCCAAAGUAAGCUGCACUUUUAGUGGGAUAAUGACAAUGCUAAAUAUGCAGUUUACUGUACGAGUCAGAAGAUGGGAUAAUACUGAUACGAAAUCAUCCAUGGUAAUGGAUCUCAAAGGCCAAAUGAUCUAUAUUUUUGAGUCCAGUGCCAUCCUAUUCUUGGGAUCUCCCUGUGUGGAUAGACUAGAAGACUUUACAGGACGUGGAUUGUACCUCUCGGAUAUUCCCAUUCACAAUGCAUUGAGAGAUGUUGUUCUGAUAGGAGAGCAGGCCAGAGCUCAGGAUGGACUGAAGAAGAGGUUAGGAAAGCUAAAAGCAACCCUUGAGCAGGCCCAUCAAGCACUUGAAGAGGAAAAGAAGAAGACUGUAGAUCUUCUGUUUUCCAUUUUUCCUGGAGAGGUUGCUCAGCAGCUGUGGCAGGGACAAGUUGUGCAAGCCAAGAAAUUUAAUAAUGUCACAAUGCUUUUCUCUGACAUUGUUGGAUUCACUGCCAUCUGUUCCCAAUGUUCACCUAUGCAGGUUAUCACCAUGCUUAAUGAGCUUUAUACUCGCUUUGAUUACCAAUGUGGAGAGCUAGAUGUCUACAAGGUUGAGACUAUUGGAGAUGCCUACUGUGUCGCUGGAGGUUUACACAAAGAAAGUGAAACACACGCUGUUCAAAUAGCAUUGAUGGCCCUGAAGAUGAUGGAGCUGUCAGAUGAGGUGGUGUCUCCCCACGGAGAGCCUAUCAAGAUGCGUAUUGGCCUUCAUUCUGGAUCUGUCUUUGCUGGAGUUGUUGGGGUUAAAAUGCCUCGUUAUUGCCUUUUUGGAAAUAAUGUAACCCUUGCCAAUAAGUUUGAAUCUUGCAGUAUACCUAGAAGAAUAAAUGUCAGCCCAACAACUUACAGGUUGUUAGAGGAAUAUCCAGGUUUUGUGUUCACACCUCGCUCAAGAGAAGAGCUUCCACCAAAUUUUCCCAGUGAUAUCCCUGGAAUUUGCUAUUUUCUGGAUGCCUAUAUUCAAGGAACAAACUCACAGACUUGGUUUCAAAAGAGAGAUUUGGGAGAUGGCAAUGCCAAUUUUUUGGGUGAGGAAACAGGAAUAGACUAAAUUGUGCAUUCACAAGUGUAUAGAAAAAAUUUAUAAAUAUUUUGAUUUUUUUGUAUAAAUUGAAAAUUUUUUAAAAUGUACGAAACAUGAAAGCACUUUAGAUUGUUAACACCUGAAAGCCAGUAUUAAAAUUUCAGGAAGUAUGUCACUGACUACUUUUUAUUUUUCCUUUGCAUAAGGAACAUAGUCACUAAAAUAAUGUUGCAACUUCACUGUUGAAAAUGCUACUAAAAUCUACAUUUUUCCUGUGGUAAUUUGUAAGUGCUACGUAACAACUCUCAGUUCUCUCUGUGCUGAGAAUUCUAGAUGUAUUGUACAUGCAGCGUGUCAGGAAAUGUA